UAUUGACUGUAUACUCGGGCUGUAAUGUGUGCGGCUGCCCUGUAGGUGGAGGCAGCUGGAGUCUGCUGACCUUCAGAUGGGAGGAGGCUCUGGGGCUUUGUUGUUAUAGUAAAGGCUCCACCGGUCAGCGUUUUCCUCCCUAGGUCACGGUUGUUCUGGCCACUUUUCACCGGUGCAAACACAGGUAGGCAGCGAAGUGCGGGCUUUCUUAUAGAGCAUCAAGAGAAGACCGGAGAGGACAGCAGCCUCAGACAUAUCCAGUGAUGGUGUGCUGUAGAAACCAGAGUAUGUGUCUUCAGCCACGAUCCCCAGCCCCGAGAAGUCUUUGACACUCUGGCUGAACAUCAGACCCGGUGCUCCCUCAUUCCUGCUGUAAUGGAGAAUCCCAGCCUGCUGUCCCUCAUCGUGGCCUUGCUGAGUUUUCUGAGUCCAUGUCUGACAAGAAUGACUCCCAGGGUCUCUUUCCAUAUGGGUAGUCCUGGGAGACAUCUCACCCGCUUCAGUAGCCAUGAUGUCAGCAACACCACCACUCUGCUGCUCAGUGAGGAUGGAGACAUGCUGUAUGUCGGAGCCCGGGAUGCUGUGUUAGCACUGGAUGUAAGCCACAAGGACGCCAUCAUACUCAGAAACAAGCUGGACUGGAACCCUUCAGAGAUAGACCUUGAACAAUGUUCCAUGAAAGGCAAGGAAAUGGCCGACUGUCCCAAUUUCAUUCGUGUCCUGCAGUUCUUGAACACCACUCACAUCUAUGCCUGUGGAACAUUUGCCUUCAGUCCACGCUGCACCUACAUUCACUCAGAGACGUUAACAAUGAGCCUCAAGCCCGAUGAAGGAAGAGGUCGCUGCCCCUAUGACCCCUACCAACGCAACACUGCUAUCAUCGUAGACGGAGAGCUUUAUACUGGGACGGUGGCAGACUACAGGGGGAACCGGCCAGUCAUCUCCCGCCACCUCAGCGAGGGCCGGCGCGUGGACCUGAAGUUGGAUGAUACAUUAGGAUGGCUGGAGGAUCCAACCUUCAUCAGCUCCAGUUUCAUCCCUGAUGAGGAGAAAAUCUAUUUCUUCUUCAGUGAAGUGGGCAGAGAAUAUGACUUCAUCGACAAGUUUAUCGUUUCCCGUGUUUCUCAGAUCUGCAUGAGUGAUGUUGGAGGUCAGCGUACCCUGCAGCGACGCUGGACCACGUUUGCCAAAGCUCAGCUGUUGUGCCAGGCUGACAAUGAGCUGCCCUACAAUGUGAUCCAGGACAUAGACAGCCUCCCACCAGCAGAGGGCGCUCCUGCAGACGACACACUCUUUUAUGGCAUCUUCACCUCCCAGUGGUCUGUCAACUCGGGACGGUCAGCAGUGUGUUCGUUCCGCCUGACUGACAUCAAAUCCGUUUUCUCUGGUAACUACAAAGUCCUCAACAGGGACACGUUACAGUGGAGCACACGGGUUCAAGAGAAGGUCGCAAAUCCAGGAGAGUGUGGCCUGCACAACGCGUCUGACAACACCCUGCGCUUUGUCAAAGAAAACUUCCUGGCAGACGACAGUGUGCGGCCGGUUGGAAGAAGUGUGACCGUGGUGUCUGCUGAGCACAGCUACAGCCACCUGACUGUCCAGAGAGUCCAGGCUGCCAACCGCAGAGACUACACUGUCCUGUUCCUGCUCACAGAGUCAGGUUACCUGCACAAAGCAGUGCUGCUGCAGAGUGGGGCCCACAUCAUAGAGGAGGUCCAGGUGUUCAAGCAGCCUCAGCCUAUCAAGAGCCUGAAGCUCUCCAUACCCAAGGGUAUGAUAUAUGUUGGCACAUCAGAGGGUGUGGUGAGGGUUCCAACAGCCAACUGCUCUUUCUACUGGACCUGUCCUCAGUGUGUUCUGGCCCGAGACCCCUUCUGUGGUUGGGACCCUGUCAGCAGGGCCUGUGUGCAGGCCUCCAACACCCAGGCCAGUCUAAGCCAGGAUAUAGACAGUGGGAAUGUUGAAGAGGCAUGCAACAGUGUUUCAUUUACACAUAGAGCCAGAUUUGCUCCAAACAAACUGCCUGCAGCCUCAUGUCCUGCAGGUGAACUGGUGUCGGUGUCUCUGAAUGAAGUGGUGCGGCUGCAGUGUCCCGCGGCGUCGCAGCUCUCCCAGCAGCUGUGGGAGCGUCCCAACAGCCGGCUCUCCUCAGACCUGUAUCUGCACCUGGAGGAUGGGAGUCUUAGCUUCGUGGCGACUCCUGCCACACUGGGACACUACCUCUGCCUGUCCACUGAGAACGGCUACCAACAGACUAUUGCCAUCUAUCACGUCAAACAGAAGAGCAGCCCCAUGGCUCACACUCCAAGCAGCCACACCUGGCCUCAGACACACCCCAUACCCACCACAAAGGCUGUGGCCAGGCCAGGGCUGCAUCCCUCUGUGGGGACUUGGCCUAAAAGAACAGAAACAAGACAAGAAGAGACUGAGCCAACACUGUCCAGCAGGGACACUCCGCGGGACAGAAAUGUGACUAUGUGGGCUGGGGAAUCUGGGCAGAAAGAGGCAGAGCUUCGGGAUGGGGAGCCCCUGCUGUCGGCCAGAGGCCACUGCUACCUAAAAGAGCUGGUGGUGGUGUCAGUUCUGCUGGUGCUCUGCCUUAGUCUGUUAAUCACCAUGCUUCUGUAUGUCAUCAGACAGCGCUGCCGCAGCCGAACGGCCCCACAGCCAGGGACUUCGAGCAGAGUCUCUGACAGAAGGACCCCUGUGGAGCACGAGGCUCUCCGGGGGAGCCAGGUUCUGAGCAAACGCAACGGACAAGCCAGUGGCUUGGUUUGUAACGGGGCACUCACAGGCUCUAAUGGGCAUUUGCCCAACACCCCCAUCUGAACAGUUUACAGUUAACUGAUGAGACCAGAGGUGACGGGAGGCCAUCUGGUGCCAGAAUCACCAUGGUGACUGUCAGUCAGCCCAGUGGGAGGUUCUGUUUUGCACAGCCAAUGGCACGGUACAAACACUAUCUGAUCCUGAUAGGCAAGAUUUGGAUCUCAUAGGAGGAAAGACGAUUCUGUGGCACACUAAAUGGAGACACGAGUUGAGAUGGAACUUCUUUGUUGUUGCCAGACACUGAAACCCGUUGGCUGUUAUGCUCUGAAUGUUCUGUGUGUAAUCACUUACUAAACAGAAAGGUACAGCUGGUUCUUUAAAUGUUUUUAGAGACCAGUCGGUGUUUGAUGCAACUAUUAUUAUGGGAUAGUUGUAUUUUCAAGAGUUAAUUCAAAACACAUGAAUAGAAUGUUCAAUUUCAAAAUAUCCACUCUCGUCUGAGCCCCGUGUUCAUCUUUGUACAUACAUGCACACAUGGCUGGUUAUGCAACUCUGCUGAUUUCUUUGCCAAACACAUUUUGGAGGACACAUAUUUGAUGCCUGGGUUAUGUCCAGUGCUCAGGGUUUCCCUGAGUCCAGUAAGUAUGGUGUUCCUGUAACAUAAGUAGGUGGUCGGGUGGAUGGCCAUACACUAAUUCAUCUGUACACACAUAAUGUGAACGUGCCUUGGCUUCAGUUGAGCUGAUGCUUUGGUGGAGCUGUUGGUCCACUUUUUACUGAUUUCCUGUGCGUCAUACACACCGGGCCAUUUGGAGACAACAUCAGUAAACAUGCAGCCACUGUUUUGACAUGCACUUCCAUACAGAGGUUAGAAUUGGAGUUCUGCAGUUACAUGAUUUUCUGAGUCAUGUAAAUUAGAAACCUGAAGUGUUUUCCGAUUGCCUUAUUUCAUGUCUCCUGGCUUCUGGGAAUUGCAAUCAUAAAGGUCGUCAUGGAGGACGAACACAACUCUUUAUUAUAAAUCAGCUGGAGCUGGGAUACAUCAACGCAGCUUUACACUGGGACAAAUACCCAAAUAAUGACAAAAUAUCAGCUCUUAAGCAUAAAACAACUUUCAUCUUUUCAUUGUAAUUUUUCCAUUUGAACCUGUAUGAUGGAUGAUGUUAUAGUCAUGGAGAGGCCUGUUGUCUUUCAGCAGUAAAAAUAUUUGCAUUAAAUAUUGGUUUCUACGAGGCUGAACAUCCCUAUGUGUCGGGUGCAAAGUAUAUUUGAUGUGAAAUAUUUCAUGUCCAGUCUUUUAUAACACAUUCUUCUCAUCAUUACCUUGAUUAUUGAAUAAAGAAUUUACAAACUAUACCAAUGAAUGCAGAUGUUAAUAAUACAUAAAGUGUUGCUGGCUUAUGUACUUUUGAUGUCUGAGCAGUAACGGAUGUGUUCACAAUAUAAAUCCAGAAUACAGGUUUUUAAUGAAGAUGCUUAUCAUUUAGGGGGAGAGAUAUUCCUCUCUGAACAAAGGAUGUAAAGGAUGUAAUCCUUGCUCUGUCUGAAAAUGUGUUGGGAUCCGAACACAAGAACUAUGUUUAAAGCCAAUCGUAAAUAUAUUGUAUGUGAUCUGUGCAGGAUAAAAAGAGGUGGUUAGUUUUAGUCUUGUGUCUGUGCAAAGCAAUAACAUCAGUUAGCAGUGCAGCUAAUCAAUAUCCUAACUAUAAACAGACAUUGCAAUAAUAAAGCACUCGAUAACAUUAAAUCAAGGUUCAUUGGCAGAAGUAAAAGUUAAAAAGUCUUGCUCAGCCAUGUGCUGUAGCUAGGCUAAUGCUGUGCUAUGCUACGCCCAGUUAACAGUCCAUGAAUGGAGAGAGGUUACUUAGCUUGUUAGCUUAGCUA